AUGGUCGAUACUAUGAUCAAUGAUCACGACAUGACGUCCGAUAUACUUACCUCCCCUACUCCAUACGAUCGGUUUAUUGGUCUGAGGAUCGACCACCAGCCGACAUCGGGUGUAGCCAUCAUCGAGGGUUUCACGUUGGUCGUCAUCUUCCUCGGAGCGUUGACCGUUAAUCUUAUCGCGUUGGUGACGACCCUUCGAGAUGAAAUGUUGAGAAGGAAUGUUCAUAACUGGCUGAUCAUCAACCUGAUCGUAAACGAUCUCGGUAUUACGAUCACCAGUAUGUCAUUCUCUAUCGUAUCUGUGUUCGACCAAGGUUACUUUCUCGUUCACAACGAUGCUAUGUGUUUGAUCAACGGGAUUGGUGGAACAGGUUUCGCCUUUGGUAACUUUGCCACAAUCAUGGUUAUCUCUUUGGACCGUUACCUGACCGUUGUUUGGUCCAACCGCUUCCCUCCUUCAAAGACUCGCACCAUCAUCUUUAUCAUUCUUUCCUGGGUGUUACCCAUUGCCAACAUCAUUCCUCCUUCCUUCGAGUUAAUUUCUGAUUUCAAGUAUCACCCUCUUACUCAUCAUUGUACACCGGUCUGGGAGGUUUGUCUCUACUACAUCAUCUGUAACAUCAUCCUCUUUGGUAUCACCGUUCCUGUAAUGGUCUUCUGUUAUAUCGGUGUCUUCUGGACACUGAGGCGCCAACAGCAGGUGCUUCGAUCUUACGCCGACGAGAAUGUCGACGACAGCGAGAAAUGCAAUGACAGCCAUCAGGUGAACAAUCCAAGUAUGUCAUUGGAUAACCUUUCAGGCCAGGGAGGUAAUGUUUCUGAGACCAUGGAAGAGUUCUCAUCGUCAAACCUAGAUGACCCUGUAGUACAUGGGUCGGAGAAAGGCAACACCAAUCGGCAAGAGAGGGUGAAGAAGAAGAAGCAGAAGAAGCAGACCACCGAGCGCAGAUCCCUGCAAAACAAACUCACCACUGACAAAAGAAUCGCGUUGACAGGUAUCCUGUUGGUGAUGACUACCGUCAUCUGUUGGGCACCUUACUGCAUCGUACAUUCCUGCUUCAUAAAUAUUCAUGUAACGCAUUCGUUAGGUGUAUUUACUAUGUGGCUUGCUUAUACCAACGCUCUGCUUGAUCCCAUCAUCUAUUCUUUCAUGAAUAGACGAGUUAGAGCUCGAUACCGUGCGAUGAUGACGAGCUUGAGAAUGACUGUAUGUAAGACUUAA